GGGGCACAGUUCCCGGCUGGAUGGCAGCAGCUCAUCCCUGCAGGAGCAGAGCCACUGCCCGAGUCCUGCCGUCCCCUCUGCAGGGCGUCGGCUCCGGCGAGCCCUCAGCUGCUACUUUCUCUCCCGCAGGAGCGUCGCCGAACCGGGAGCACUGCAGGGCAGCCGCCUCCUGCCUGGAGCGUCCCAUGGAGCAGGGCGGAGCGGCGGAUGCUGCCGACACUGGGGGGACAGUGCCAGCUGCCACCGUGGCACAUGACGGAAGGACAGAUGAGCCUGGGCAGGAGAAGGCUGUAGGAGAGGCUGGAGGAGGGAAGACAGAGCCGGAGCAGGAGACAGCUCUGGCUGCUCCAGAGCCCCAGGAUGGACGGGAAGCAGUCCGGGGAGAGGAGGCUUCGGCUGUGCAGCGUGAUGGAGGACAGGCAGUAUCUGAUGAAGGGCAGGCAGCAUCCAUCGGGGAGAAGGUGCCAGCUGCCACUGGGGCCCAGGGUGUAGGGAAGGAUGAGAAAGAUAAGCCUGGGAAGAAGAAAGCUCUGGCUGCAGAAGAGCUCAAAGGAGGAAAGACUUCAGCUGCUGCAAAGGCUAAGGAUGGAGGGAAGGAUGAGCCCAGGGAGGAGAAGGCUCCAGCUGUGGGAGAACAUGAGAAAGGGAAGGAGGAGCCCAUGGAGGGGAAGGGCCUGGCUGUAACUGAGGCGCAGGAUGAAGGAAAGGACAAGCCCAAGAAUGAGCAAGCCCCUGGUGGGUCAGGGGCUGAGAGUGGUGGAAAGGCAGAGCCCACCAAGGAGAAGGCUCUGGCUGCAGCAAACUCUGAAGGAGGGAAGGCAAAACCUAUUGAGGAGACAGCCUUGGCUGAAGCUCAGGCUCAGGAUGGAGGCAAAGGAGAGCCGGCAAAGGAGAAAGGCACAGUGGUUGCAAAACAGGAGGUCCCAGCCACUGCUAAAGCUCUGGAUGAAAGGAAGCAAGAUGCAAAGGCAGAACAAGCCCCAGCUGAUACCAAGCCUGCAAAGGAGAAAACCACGGCUGCUGCAAAGGAGAAGGCCCCAGGUGCUGCAAAGGCUCAGAGUGGGGAGAAUAAAGUAGUAAAGGCAGAAAAAACCCUAGCAGUUAAAAAGGCUCCAGAUGGAGGCAAAAAGGAGCCCACGAAGGAGAAGUCUCCAGCUCCAGUGAAGGAGAAAGCUCCAGUUUCAGUGAAGGAGAAAGCCAUAAUUCCUGCAAAGGAGAAAGCUCCAGAUGCUGCCAAGGCUCAGGAUGGAGAGAAGGCAGCAGCAAAGGCAGAGAAAACACCAGCUGCAAAAAUGGCUCAAGGUGGAGGCAAAAAAGAGCCUGCAAAGGAGAAGUCCCUAGCAGCUGCAAAGGUACAGGAUGGAGGGAAGAAAACUGCAAAGGUGGAAAAAUCCACAGUUGCAUCAAAGGCUGGAGCUGGAGGGAAAGAUCCUACAAAGGAGAAGGUCUCAGUGGCUGCAAAGGCUCGGGAUGGAGGGGAAAAAGCUGCGGAGGUGGAGCCUCCCACAGCUGGAGCAGAGGCUGGGGAUGGGGCUGCAGAGCCCAUGGAGGCAGCAGCCAUGGCUGCUGUGAAGGGUCAGGGUGAAGGGGAGAGAGAGUCCAAGGAGACAGAGGGACAGCCACCAACGAUCCCCGAGCCCCCACGCCCAGUCCUGCUGCAGAGCCUGAGCUGCCCGGCUGCCUGCCACAGGGAGGAGCAGCCCUGGGCAGAGGUGGCAGCAAUGGAGACAAUAGCAGAGGAGAUCACGAUGGUGGAGCCAAAAGAGGGUCCAACAGAGCCUGGCUCUGGCCCACCAGCCCUGGGGGACCUGCAGCCUCUGGAGCCACCUGGCACCCCACAGGAGAGGACAUUGCCCAGUGCCACAGGGCAGCCCCCAGAUCCUGCUGGGGUUGCGGAGCAGCCUGGACCUGGGGUGCAACCAUCUUUGAUGGAGGCAAAGCCACCCCCCAGCCCCUACCUCACCCCCGAUUUUGGGAAGGAAGACUCUUUUGGGAUAUUGGACGAUGUCCCUCCGCCACCAGCGCCCUUCGCACAUCGCACCGUCACCCUGCGCUCCGCCAGUGUCAGCGCCCAGUUCAGCCUCAGCUCCAAAGACAUCCUGGGGGGGGGCAAGUUUGGUGAAGUUCACACGUGCACGGAGAAGGAGACGGGGCUCAAGCUGGCAGCCAAAGUGAUCCGGAAGCAGGGAGCAAAGGACAAGGAGAUGGUGCUGCUGGAGAUCGACGUGAUGAACCAGCUGAACCACCACAACCUCAUCCAGCUCUACGACGCCAUUGAAACGCCCCGGGAGAUCAUUCUCUUCAUGGAAUUUGUGGAGGGUGGCGAGCUCUUUGAGCGGAUCAUCGACGAUGACUACCACCUGACGGAGGUGGACUGCAUGGUGUUCGUCCGGCAGAUCUGCGAGGGCAUCCGCUUCAUGCACCACAUGCGCGUCCUCCACCUCGACCUCAAGCCUGAGAACAUCCUCUGCGUCGCUGCCACUGGGCACAUGGUGAAGAUCAUCGACUUUGGGCUGGCUCGAAGGUACAAUCCCAACGAGAAGCUGAAAGUGAACUUUGGAACUCCUGAAUUCCUCUCCCCUGAGGUGGUCAACUACGAGCAAGUCUCCUACUCCACGGACAUGUGGAGCAUGGGCGUCAUCACCUACAUGCUGCUCAGCGGCCUCUCCCCCUUCUUGGGUGAUGAUGACACCGAGACACUCAACAACGUCCUGGCUGCCAACUGGUACUUCGACGAGGAGACCUUUGAGAGCAUCUCCGAUGAGGCCAAGGACUUUGUCUCAAACCUCAUCAUCAAGGAUAAGAGUGCUCGGAUGAGUGCUAACCAGUGCCUGCAGCAUCCCUGGCUCAAUAAUCUGGCAGAAAAGGCCAAACGUUGCAACCGGCGGCUCAAGUCCCAAGUGCUGCUCAAGAAAUACGUCAUGAGACGGCGCUGGAAGAAAAAUUUCAUCGGGGUGUGUGCUGCCAACCGCUUCAGGAAGAUCACCAGCUCGGGGUCCCUGACAGCGCUGGGCAUCUGAGCUGGGCUCCCAGGGGAGCCGAGGCCAGAAAGGAACUACUUGAGAGGGACCCCCACCAGUCUGGAGCAGCUCUGCCGAGCUGGUCCCGCGCCGGGCGGCAUCACUGCGCUCAGGACCACAUCACCGCUGGGGAUGCUCGCAGUGUUCUUGGGGCUCUUGAGGCUCCAACCCUCCUCACUCCCACGGAGCCGACGCUCCCGUCGGGAUUUCCUCAGACUGUGAGGCUGCUCCGGAGUGGAGGUUUCUGAUCUCAUCUCUGGCCCUGGCCCGGCUGCGUCAUGCCCGACCUGCAGCGUCUCUGCUCUGCUCACGCUUCCUUCCCGUGCCCUCGGGGAGGAGGAAGGCCAUUCCGGUGUGAUCCCGCUGCCUCGGCCACCUGGUGCUUGCUGCUUUUGGAUUCGAAAUGUGCCCUCUCUGCCUGUAAAUGCCGCAGCCCUGCCCUGCCUUCGCUGCCGCUGGCCCCUGCACUGCCCAACCUCCCUUCCCAGCUCUGUGGCUCGGCGAUGAUGCUGGACCCCCACCCUGCUACCUUGGCACCGGAGCCGGGGCUGAAGCACCUCCUCCUGGCCAGCUGGGCAUGUGGGAGCGGAGCUGGCCCCGAGCUGCUGUUCGCACAGGAAGGGAGGAAGCAGCAAGCACGCUUCCAGCGGCGUCCCCAGCUGGGAGCCAACGAGGAAAGAAGGAGGCUUUGUGUUCCUCCUGCCCUCCCUGCCCUUCGGUUCUGCCAGCGGGGGAAAAACACAACCUCUGCUUCACCCGUCCCCGGCAGAGCGCGAUGAGCGAGGCGGGCUAAUGCAGAGCAGCUGGCCCGCGCUCCCCGCUCCGGCCGGCACCGCUCACCCGACCACCAACACACCGGAACUGCUCCGCCGCUCCGGCCGCGGCCGCCAGCUCCCCGCCCUGUGCGGGGGCUCCGCGGGACCUGCUGGGACUGGGGAGGGGGUGCUGCUCCUGCUCUCGCGCCUUGUCCCGUCCCCGGCCUCUCUGCCUGCAUCCCUUGGGCCUCCCCGGUGCUGCCGGAGGAUGGGCAUCCCCUGGGAUUUGUAGCAUCCAGCCUUGCCCACUGCAGGAGGGGAUGGGGGGUUGGCAAGAGGUCCUCCAGCUUUGGCUUUUGCCAUGGCUGAGCCCCGCCAAGCCAAGGCUGUGUGUUUGCUCUGGAGCUGUCUGUGCCCUCUGUGCCUGCUGGAAAAACACUGAGGAGAGACACAGGGAGACAUUGCCCCUCACCCCUGCUGGCUGCAGCAGGGGAAGGGGCUUUAGGCUUGUCCCCACCAGACAGCAGCCACGGCUGGUGGGACCCUGCCCCAUAAUGGAGCCUUCCACAGCGCUCGCCUUCUUGUAAAUAAAUGUACAGGUCUGCCACA